AUGGAACUUCAACAAAAUGAUUUAGUUAAAGCCUUAAAAAACCUUGCAUUAUAUUGGGUUCUUGUUUGUUUCAUUCUUGUAUUCUUAUUUAAUUUCGGUGUUUAUGGACAAUUGAAUUCUACGUUAUUAUAUUCAAGUAGCAGACAUGAUUUUAUUGAUCGAUUAGACGUCUAUGACAGCUUCGAUGUGCGAUCAACUAAUGAUGGCAGUCUCUUAAUUAUGUUCAAGAACGACGAUUUGUACAACUUCAUUCAUGUACUAUUACCAGACGCGUCUACAAUAGAUAUCAAACUAGAUAAUGAUAUAAAUGUUACGCGUAUAUUUCCUUUAACUACGGAAUAUUACUUUCUGCUUUAUGAUCUGAAAAUUAAUGGCGACAUACAAGUCACUGGAAGAAUUAUAUAUAACAACAACACAAUCAUAAAAGAUAAACUUUUUGUAGCAAGCGGGCCUACCGAUGAGAAAGCAACGUUAGACUUUGUCAUGAAUACGCAAUUGUCAUCCUUCUUAAUUUAUAACAAAGCCAACAAUACAUUAGUUCAUUGGAUUACAUAUGACUUGCCGCAUCUAAAUGAUCCCCGAAAUGGUUCUUUUUCCCUUCUAAACAAUAUUUCUUCCCUUGAAUGUGUAUUUUCAACGGUUGAUGGAAAUUAUGGAUUUAUUAUUAAAGAGCAAGAAAAUGUGAUUAUUUCAAAUAAACGAGUGACAAAUUUAUUAAUAAAUUAUAAGUCUUUAAACCCCAUAACACCUAAGAUUUCAGAAGGUUCAGUACUUUACCACGCAAGAAAUGAUAGUGAAAUAGCAAAUAUUUCAUGUUCGUCAGAUUAUAGUGAACAUGGAAAUGUAUGCGUGUUUACAGAACAGACUGAAGUUGGCAAUUAUUCACAAUUUACGACAUAUCAAAUUAAUUUUUUGUCUUCUGGCUCUGUAAUUAAAUUUAAACUUAUAAAUAUUAGUUCAGUUCUUAAACCUUAUACCUUGCUGUUCGAUAUCAAACCUUCAUUUUUUGGUGGAUACAUUGUAACUAAUUGGGCAUCAAUACCUGUUGAUGUUUAUGCUUCUAGAUACGAUAGUUAUGAUGAUUAUAUUCCAUACAAUCCAUCAAGAGAAUACCAAAGUAUGAAUGGAAUUAUUUUUAUGGCUAAUGGCACCGAAAUUAUAUCAUGGAACUUGUCUCAAUUAACUAAACUUGAUCCGCAAAAUCAGACUUUUCGAAGUGCAGUAUUUAAUUUAAUGAGAAAUGAUACUUUUAUAUUAUUAUUUAAUGAAUUUAAUACUAUAUUAAAUAUAUUAGAUGAUUAUAAAAAUCCGAAUAUUAUUUCAACAUAUCCCCAGAUUAAUGAAACUAUCUUACCAGGAAAUGUCGAUUCUAUCAACAUAACUUUUUCAAGCAACAUUUCUAGAUCCUGGAACUCUUCGAAGAAGCUUAUUAUCUAUUACCUUAAUGCAAACACCAAUGAAUUAAUAUUCAGAAAAUUUUAUUCGAUUUCAGAAUGCAAUAUUAUACAAAAAAAUCUUUCAUGUAAUGUCACAUCAAGUAUUUUUAAUCAAUGGAAUACUACGUAUAAAAUUACAAUGGAUAAUAACUUUGUUACGUUUGACUCGACAAAUGAGCCUAUGUAUGGUAUUUCUGAGUAUGGUAUUGACAAAAAUCAAUUGACUUUUAAAUCAAUUACAUGUGACCCACUAAUAGGAAGUUUUCAAGAAAAAUUUUCAGAUACAACUAUAGGUACUAUACUGUUAAGACUUGAGAACAAUGUAACAAUCGAUUUAAGCUUUCUUAACAACUUAACGGAAGAACUUGUAAAAAGUAUUCCUACAACUCCAAACCGAAUACAGCAUACAAAUCGAUUUCAAAAAGAUGUAUCAUCGCCUUCUCAAUAUUUAAUACAAGUAAAAAUUUUGAAAGCUACAGAUCCUACAGAUACUUUAAAUUUAUGGGAUGAAAUUAAAUUCAAAUUACUCGGAUUAUUAAUUGGAUUCAUUGUUUUAACUCCCAUUAUUUUGUGGGCUCGUUAUAAAUAUCCUGAGGGACAAAACUUUAUGAUACUUAGUGUAAUAAUUAUUUUGUUUGAUUUUAUUAUGGAUGUUUUAUUUAUUGCAAUAAAUGGAAGAGAUGUUUCACAACCGAAUCUUUAUAUACCCAGAUAUAAAAGCACUAUUUCAUUAUUCACUAUAUGUUCAGGUGCAAAUGUAGUUUUACUAGAAUUUUUAACUUCAAAUUUUGCCGGAUUCUCAAUAUUUAAUGCAUCACUUUCAAAUUCCGUUAAACGAUGGAUAUAUUGGGUGACUAUAGUUAAUACUUUUAUUGAAAUUAUUCCACAACUAAUUAUACAGAAUGAAUCUUUAUAUGAAAAUUACAUUACCGAUAAUCUUCAGUUAGAAAGUGAAGAAAAUGAUGUUUAA